GCUGGAGCUUUGUUUACACCUAUGAGCAUUGGCAUGCGUCGCUGCUCCUCCCCGGCCUAGCCACCGUUGCAAUGGUAGGAUGUGCCCUAGGUUGACCAGGGCAAUGUUGUUAUUUUUGGAGAGACACGUAUAAACAUAUUGUUCCCUUGGCCCUGCCCAUUCUUCGUUUUACAGUCACCACUAUUCUUUCAUUUUGUUUUAUGUCUCUCCUUUCAAUUGCCAUACGACUGAGCCACUUCUGUGUCUUAUGCCUCUGAUGAACAACUUGCAUGCCUGAAUGUACAACGACGGAUCUACCCUCUACAACAGAAACAUAGCCCAUGGCUAACGGAUACCCUCGAAUGCGCGGCGAAGUGAGCGCCUCAUACAAUAGCCGGAACGGAUCACAAACUACAGUUUGUCCCGAAGUCACGCCGACUAGGAAGCGGGCUUCGUCAUUCUAUCCUACUAGAGGCCCUGGAAUCGUGGACGAAUCGAAUCCAGAUCCCUUCUAUCUAGAGCACACUCUGGCGGGGGGUGGCCCUUGGGGCCCUGGGCGGCCGGAGAGUCGUGAUGUUAGACAUAGUGACGAAGCCAGCCAGUACUUGAUGCUUGCCUCUGUGCACAACAACAACAAAGGUGGUCCUUUCACAAUCUCGUCGCGUGGAGAUACCGCGAGAUUGCGGUCGAAUAUCAAUCGAUCCACUCUGUCUGUGGUUGAACUAGAGCAUCAAUUGAGUCUCCGUGAAAUCGCUGCCACUCACCCUUGGGGAGGGCAGUUCCCAAACUACGAUCAAGCGUCCUUUAGUUCCGCGCAAACCGACGCAACGCCCGAUUUGACUCCGAGCAGUUCGUUCUCUUCUAAUUACUCCGCUCUCACAAAUCGCGAAACUAUCACCUCAGGACCAGAAUAUUCCUCGUUGCACAAUCCGCAGGCACCGCCUAGUCCUCGACGCCAAGUAUAUCCGGCUUCUUCUACGCCUGUCAACUUGUCUCAAACGACGCUUGCAACGGAGCCUUCGACACCGACCCGACACUUGAAGGCGCAGCUAGGUCAAUCAAACGCAUCGACGGACACUUUGGUCAUGCAAAAGGUAAAUAGUCACGAUCCUGUACCACAUCGGGGGAAGCCAUUGCCAUCUCUCCCAAAUGGCGUCCGCAACCGGAACACUAAGGGCGGACGAAAAGGGCCACCGCCAGCCAUCCGUCCUCCAAUCGCCCCUUCCAUGAUUUCACCUCCUUGCUGGUAUAAUCCUGUGACAAAAGAGCCACAUGUUUCGCACUUUGAUCAGGCUAUGUUCAUUUCUGGGAAUGACCGUCCCAGUCCAGUGCCGAGCCCAGGUCCAGCGUCACCCUCCGUUGAACGACAUCCAAUCACUAAGCGGCCGGCAACGUCGCCGGCAGGAUUAGUCGGCCAGCAUGAACAGUCUGUCUGGGAGUCGGACUCGGAUAACGAGUCAGUCGAUCCCAAGUCUCUGUCCCGCAAACCAAUGGACACUUUGAAAAAGGUCCGAAGCAGAGUUCAUCUCCGCGUCGCAAAGUCGGCGCCCAAGCUCAACAAUACACAAGCCCACAGCCAGCAUGCGCAGGAGUUGGAACAAUUUCCUUCAACACCAGACCAGUCUGCUGAGCGACUAUGUCCAUCGCCUAUGCGUGAUCUGAUUCGAUCUCGUUCGAAAGACAUCUUGCGGCCGACUGCGCAGCAGACGUUGAGGCUGGUAGCCCCCUCCACGACAUCGCUUGUUCAACCGCGAUCACGACGGAACAGCAACGGGACGCCAAACAUCGACAUAGACCGCACAACGGCAGCUGCCAUGCAAGCCAAGUCACGACGGAGGCAAAGGGCUGACUCGUCCCCCAAAGGCUUGACCGAGGCUGAGAAAUCAUGUACUUUCUGCCGGGAGGACCGGUCAGAUAAAGCUAUCCAUCAAAGCCUUGCCCUCGCACGGCCCCCACUCUAUAAACGGGUGUGGGAGUCAUUGCGGGUCUUGGGAUGUCAUGGUGAUCUUCCUCCCCCAAGACCCCGUCGACCCAUGUGAACGCGUUUCCUAAAUCUUUCUUUCUCCAUUUUGGGUGCGGAAAAGUUGCGGGUGGCGUUGACUGAGCUUUCUCAUCACCCCAUUUAUGACCACUAGUCUGAACGACUCUGAACGGUUUCCU